AUGGAUACUUUUAAUAAAUUUUUACAAGAGCAUACAGCUAUGAGAAUGCUAAACGAUUUUUUAACGGCAAGAAUGUCAUUAAUUACUGUUUAUUAUCGCGGUUUGACUUAUCAACGUAUAAUUUAUAGAGAUGGUUAUAAUAUUUGGGAGUUGAUGUGUAGGUUUAUAUUUAAAGGGAAUUGUUUCUAGAAUAGAAGGGACCAGGGCUUUCCGCAAUUGCGAACUGCGGUUACGUAAAUUGUUUGGUUUUUUUGACUUGUGGACUGCGGAUUUAGGCUGCAGAUUUUUAGGAAUCGGUACUAGGAUAAGGCAGAUUUUGAGGGAUAUCGGAUGAUUUGGAGGGAUUAAGAGUAAUUUUGUGUGAUAGGUGGACAAGAGAAUGGUACAAUGGUCAUAGGUCGAAAAUCU